UCUCGAUUCAUACGGUUAAUGUGGGUCUCAUCGUCUCUGUCAGUCUCUCAUUCUCAAUCCAUUGCACUUCUGCAAACUUCUAGAGUGGUCUGUUCUGUGUCACCAUUCGAAGCACUUUCUCUGCUAAAUUCACACAUCAUGAUGGAUUCUUGUUAUUCUCACUCUCCACGGUUUCACUGCUUCUCUAAUGGCAUCAACCCCCCUCUUCGCCAUUACACGCCCUUCAUUCAAUCUGAACACCAAGAACCCAUUUGGCCGAAACACCCACAGAUCAAUAAAAGCCCGCAGAUUUUGCAUAAACAAUGAACGAGGAAGAGAAUCCAAAGUUCAAAGCGGACACACAUUUGGCCGAACGAGUCGCCUAUCAAUUUCAAUCUACACCAAAGGCGACAGAAGAGAUCAUCUCAAGUCCUCUGUUAAAGAUGAGGAAGAAACUGGACCCACCUCUUCAUCUUCGCCGUUAGCUGUCACUGAGAAGCCCAAGGAUGAUUCCGAAGUUGAGGUGGGCAAAGAAGGCGACUUGGAGGAGAAAGAGAAACAGCAAGAGAUGGACUGGAAGACAGACGAAGAGUUCAAGAACUUCAUGGGCAAUCCAUCAAUUGAGGCGGCAAUUAAGCUUGAGAAGAAGAGGGCAGAUAGGAAGCUGAGGGAGCUUGACAGAGACAGCAGCGAUAACCCAAUUGUUGGGUUGUUUAAUAGAUUAAUACGUGAUAGUCUAACCAGGGAAAAAGAGAGGUUGGAGAAAGCUGAGGAGGCUUUCAAGGCUCUUGAUCUUAACAAGCUGAAGAACUGUUUCGGGUUUGACACCUUUUUUGCAACUGAUGUUAGAAGGUUUGGUGAUGGUGGAAUUUUCAUUGGCAAUUUGAGGAGACCUAUUGAAGAGGUCAUUCCUAAGCUAGAGGCAAAGCUAUCUGAAGCUGCAGGGAGAGAGGUGGUUGUUUGGUUCAUGGAAGAAAAGAAUGAUGACAUUACAAAGCAGGCUUGUGUAGUGCAACCAAAGUCAGAGAUGGAUCUCCAGUUUGAGUUCACUAAGCUGAGCACUCCAUGGGGAUAUUUUAGUGCUGUAGUCUUAUGUGUCACAACUUUUGGGACAAUAGCUCUGAUGAGUGGUUUCUUCCUUAAACCUGGAGCAACUUUUGAUGACUACAUAGCUGAUGUUGUUCCACUUUUUGGUGGCUUUCUCUCUAUUUUGGGGGUAUCUGAGAUAGCCACCCGGUUAACAGCAGCUGGUUAUGGUGUUAAGCUUAGCCCAUCAUUUCUUGUGCCAUCCAACUGGACAGGGUGCUUGGGUGUGAUGAAUAACUACGAGUCUUUGCUUCCUAAUAAGAAGGCUCUUUUUGAUAUUCCAGUCGCGCGAACUGCUAGUGCUUAUCUCACAUCACUAGUGCUGGCAGUUUCUGCUUUUGUGGCUGAUGGCAGCUUUAAUGGUGGCGACAAUGCAUUGUUCAUAAGGCCACAGUUCUUCUAUAGCAAUCCAUUGCUUUCUUUCAUCCAAUUUGUCAUUGGACCUUACACAGAUGACCUUGGGAAUGUAUUGCCUUAUGCGGUGGAGGGUGUGGGAGUUCCUGUUGACCCUCUUGCUUUUGCUGGACUUUUAGGAAUGGUGGUAACUUCUUUGAACUUGUUGCCUUGUGGUAGACUGGAGGGAGGGCGCAUCGCGCAAGCUAUGUUUGGAAGAAGCACUGCUACUUUGCUAUCCUUUGCUACUUCACUUUUACUUGGUAUUGGUGGUCUGAGUGGAAGUGUGCUUUGUUUAGCAUGGGGAUUGUUUGCAACCUUCUUCCGAGGUGGGGAAGAAUUGCCAGCGAAAGAUGAGAUCACUGAUUUAGGAGAUGACAGGUUUGCUUGGGGCAUUGUUUUAGGCAUAAUCUGUUUCCUCACUCUUUUCCCCAAUGGUGGAGGGACUUUCUCCAGUUCCUUCUUCAGUGACCCAUUUUUCAGGGGGAAUAUGUAAAUACUUUGAAUAGAAGAAGAAAAGGAAAAGAAUAUGUGAAUAGUGCUAGUAUUUUCUUCCUUCUUAUCCUUCUGGGUUCUACGGAGCGCUAAGAUUCAUCUUAACAGAUUACUGAUAUAUAUAUGUGUGUGUGUGUGUGUGUGUGUGAUAUCCCAGUAAUCUAUUAAUAUAAUCAUUUGGUAUUACCGUGUCGAAA